GGAGAGACAGAGGAACUGAGGGCCCAGAUCAACCAGAGACUACAGAGAGAACUGACUGGGUUCAUGAACACUUUACUGCACCGCCUCAAACACACCACCGACAGGUACGGUAAAAAAACACACACACACACACACACACUCCCCCUCUCUCUCUUUUUCUCUCUAACUGAUAAGGCUACCACCUCCAAUUGCCAGCCUCUGUACCUCUGGUGUUUAUUUGUGAGAGUAUGGAGUCAUUUGUAUGCAAAGCCUGUUCCGUAUCGCUGAAGAAAACUGCCUGUAGGCAUUCUCUACUUAUCAUACACACACACGCCGAAAUACACCUACAACACGAAGACAAACAGGGUAGACAUCUCCCCCACAGUCAUUCAUUUUUAGUGUUUCUGACUGAACAAACUGCGUUUGUCAUGACUGCUGCUUUAACUGUUGUAUAGAAAUAGCUCAUCCUAGCGUGGUGAGCUAUACUGAUAAAUGAUUACACAAGUGUGUUUUAUCACAUUGCUGUUAAACUACUGUAUUCUUCUCAUCUUCCUCAGUCAGAAGUGCUUAGGGCCAUGGAAGCAGCACCAAUGACAUUUCACCACUAGCUAGCGAGCUUCCCCUGACAGUAGAAUUAAAAAGUCUCUUCAUAAAACAUGAAUUAAAGAAUUAUAAUUUUUGCCUUUUGGUGUGUGUGUGAAUGUGCACAUGUGGUAUUAUUCACACUGCCUGUGGGGCUUGAUUAAUGUUUAAUACCAUGAAAUUAUAGAAGAGGCUGAACAAAGCUUAUGACUACAGUGGGAUGCAUUUUUUAUGUUCUGUGUGGUGAUAUUCAUAUCCGUAUCCAUGAGGCUAAGAACAUGUUACUCUCAGUAAUAGAAGGAGCUUAACGUUUUCCUUGAUGUUAGUCUGAUUAUAGAUGGCAAUAUUUGUCUCUGCCCACCUUCCCCUAUCACACACUCUUCCUCCCCUUCACUUUCACUCCUCUCUCUCUCCUUCCCUCUUUCUUUGUCUGUUUUCCCCUCUUUACUCCUCUUUUUCCUCCUUCCUCUCCCUCCCGGCAUCUCCUCUCCCUCCCUGCAUCUCCUCUCCCUCCCUGCAUCUCCUCUCCCUCCCUGCAUCUCCUCUCCCUCCCUGCAUCUCCUCUCCCACCCGGCAUCUCCUCUCCCUCCCGGCAUCUCCUCUCCCUCCCGGCAUCUCCUCUCCCACCCGGCAUCUCCUCUCCCUCCCGGCAUCUCCUCUCCCUCCCGGCAUCUCCUCUCCCUCCCGGCAUCUCCUAUCCCACCCGGCAUCUCCUCUCCCUCCCUGCAUCUCCUCUCCCUCCCGGCAUCUCCUCCCCCUCCCGGCAUCUCCUCUCCCUCCCGGCAUCUCCUCUCCCUCCCUGCAUCUCCUCUCCCUCCCUGCAUCUCCUCUCCCUCCCUGCAUCUCCUCCCCCUCCCUGCAUCUGCUCUCCCUCCCGGCAUCUCCUCCCCCUCCCGGCAUCUCCUCUCUCUCUCCCCCACCAGGUUUUGCUUGGCGUUGGCGGGGCCCUUCGAGAGCCAGCUGGCAGUGCGGUUGCUCCAGUGCCUGCGGGUGUCAGAUGCCCCACGGUUCUACGGCCUCCCCAGUCUGGAGAGGAAUCUUCUGGGCAUGGUCAGCCUCACGGCCCAGCCCGGCUGGAGCUCACACUGUCCCACCAUGGAGCCCCAGUCUCUCUGCACCAAGUACCUCAGCGGACUACUGGAGGUGUGUGUUGGGUGCGGGAGUGGAGGGGGUGUGUGAUGUGCUCCCCAAAGCUUCUCUCCUUGCCGCUUGGGCCAGAAGGAGUCUGCGGCCCCCACACAUUUGUCAAAGUGAAAAUUACCUGUGAAAUUAGUUAUUUGUAGUGAAAUAUCAGCCCUCUAGAAAUUGAGGAAGACAAUACCUUUGGAAUUAAUUAAAUCCAACCACAAUCUGCUGCUGAACAUGAAUAAAUAUACAGACUACAACGCAGUAAAUUGUUGAUAAAUCAUCCCAGCUGGUUCCAUCUGGUUCUACCCAUAGCCAAGAACAGCAGAGCACUGUCCUGUUCAGAUAAGCAAAGUAGUGCUCAGUGUAGCGUAGUUCAGCAUUAGAACACACAGCACAGCACAACCUAGUUUGGCAUUGCCUGGGACAGUCUGAAAAAACAGCACAGCUCACAACAGUAUACGCCUAGCAUGGUCCAGUACAACCUAACCUAGCACAGAUGAUUCCAAGCUUUUGCCUCUCACCCCCUGUCUCCUCCACCCCUCACCUGUGUUUCCCUCACCCUUGACUCCCCCAUCCCUCACCCCAUGUCUCUCCCAGUACUCUAUGGCUCUUAGGAUGAUCUUCAUCUGGCCUUGGCCUCUCUCACUCCCCUCUCUGUUUGCAGGCUAAUCAAAGCUAAGGUCCCAGCUGCAUUUAAGACUCAUUUAGAUGCUCUGAAUAAAACAUUUUAAUUAAUGAACAGACUGUUGAGUGCAUCACUGGCCUCAGUGCCCUGUUUCCUUCUAGUCCCGAGCAGGGUUUGGGUCAUGAGUAAAAAUUUGAAUUGGAAUAUCUGUUUACUUCCUGAUUUGACUUAAUUAGUAAUACUGUUGAGAUAUUGUUGUCCUUCCCCUAGCAUCGGCUCUGAAUGGGUUUCGUAUUGGGCAGGGCUCUACAGUGCGACCAUUUUAGCCGCGUAUGUGCCUAAAUAUUUUGCUGUGCAACCUGGAAUUCUUAUUUAGGAGCACUGUGCUCCUAAAUUUCGAUGUGUGUGCCUAGAUUUUUUAACUUAGGCACACACGUGCCCCUUUUUAAAAAAGCUCAGCGUAGAACCCUGUUGGGAAUUAUUAGUUAUAAUGUUGAACCUUGUGUCAUCUUCCAGGUGAUCUCGUCAUUCUACGUGGAGUGGGGGGGUAAUUCCAUGUCCUUCAUGGGGAAAGGAGUCACCAAGAACGCUGUCAUCUGUCUGCUUCACAUGUCCCACGAGAUGAUGGCCCAGAGCAAGGACAAGGUCAGCAACCCAGCCAGAACUGCACUGAUUGCAUUUCUACACUAAAGAUUAAACAAGAUUUUUCAUUGUGAAAUGUAUACUGAACAGAAAUAUGAACGCAACAUGCAACAUUUUCAAAGUUUUACUGAGUUACAGUUCAUGGAAGGAAAUCAGUCAAUUGAAAUAAUUUCAUUAGGCCCUAAUUUAUGGAUUUGACAUGACUGGGCAAUGGGCGCAGCCAUGGAUCAUAGGCCCACCCACUUGGGAGCCAGGCUCACCCACUGGGGAGGCAGGCCCAGCUAAUCAGAAUUAGUUUUUCCUCACAAAUGGGCUUUAUUAGACAGAAAUACUCCUCAGCCGAUCCCGCAGGUGAAGAAGCCAGAUGUGGAGGUCCUGGGCUGGCGUGGUUACACGUGGUCUGCGGUUGUGAGGCCGGUUGGACGUACUGCCAAAUUCUCUAAAACAUCGUUGGAGGCGACUUAUGAUAGAGAAAUUAACAUUCAAUUCUCUGGCAAAAGCUCUGUUGGACAUUCCUACAAGGUGCACCUGUGUAAUGAUCAUACUGUUUAAUCAGCUUCUUGAUAUGCCACACCUUGGCAAAGCAGAAAUUAUCACUAACAGGGAUGUAAACAAAUUUGUGCACAAAAUUUGAGAGAAAUAAGCUUUUUGUGCAUGUGGAAAAUCUCUGGGAUCUUUUAUUUCAGCUCAUGAAACAUGUUGUGUUUAUAUUUGCGUUCAGUAUAGUAGUAGACAGAUGAGUGAAUGUGUUAAUGUGUGCUUCCUGCAUGGAAAUGUUUCUCCUUUUGUUUGUGCAUCAGUCUGGAUAUCUGUUUUUGUGUUUAUCUAUUUCAGGACUUCAUUUCCCAGUGGUCUUUGGGUCAGGAGGCGGGGUCUGAUGACCCCAGUGGGUCACAGAUGGGUCUGGCCUGGCUCAUACCACUGUGGGUGGACAGAGACCCGGAGGUAACACACUCAAUGACUGUCAGCUUGUAUGAGAACAAGCAAGAAAAAGAGAAUGGAGAGUAAGAAGUACAAGUUAUUAUUGAAUGGAAACAGUUUGACAAAUACCGUCUGGAAUUGUGGAGAGACAUUCAGGCAAAAGUUCGUAUUGCUUCUCUCUGCUCCAAAGUUUCUGUUAUUACACCAGUGCUUCUUCCUAGACUUUCUGAGGGACACUGUGAACUCCUAUGCUUGAGUUCACAAGCGCUGACGAUGAAAAGCAAAGGGCAGUUUCUUCUCUUUCUUUCUCUCUAUCUGUAAGUUCUCUCUAUAAGUAAAUGUGAAAAACUCCCUUGACAAGGAGGAUCUUUUUCUGUGGAUCACAGCAAAUGCCAGAGUUACGGUGCAAAUAACCAAGACAUUUCUGGAACAGUGUCUCUGUGACUUUGGGGACACCAGGGGUGUCAGACAGGUACCUUUUUAAAAAAAAUCUAUCUGCUGUUGUAUUCACACCCAAACUCUUGGCUCUCUCUGUCUUUUUCUCUCUGUCUUUUUCUCUCUGGCAUUCUCUCUCUCUCUCUCUCUCUCUCUCUCUCUCUCUCUCUCUCUCUCUCUCUCUCUCUCUCUCUCUCUCUCUCUCUCUCUCUCUCUCUCUCUCUCUCUCUCUCUCUCUCUCUCUCACCACUAUUUUAACCCUCCCCUCCUCCUCUCUCAUACCCCUCUACCACCUGCUGCCCUCUCUCCCACUUUCCUUCCAUCCCCUUUCCAGGUGAGGUUUGCCAGCCUGGGUGUGGGCUCUGCCCUGUCCUCUGUGCCCAGUGGAUGCCAGUCUCUGAGUAGCAGCUGUCAGAAUAUCAGUGGAGGUCUGUGGGGAACCCUGCUCAACAUCCUCCUGGACCAGCAGGAGAGCACCAUGGUCCGCAGAGAGGUACUGGACACCUACAUCUGUUCGCUAACCACUAAGCCAUAGAGAGUUUGGGCAUUGUGGUUUAAAGCAGAAUGCAUUAUAAUACUCUUAGCAUGCCACGGCAGCCAUGUUGGCACCUUCUGGACAUAUUGACCAAUAACAGUUUCAGACAAUGCAUUUGUAAAACAGACAUAGGAAAACUUUACUCCAUCAACAAGUUUAAAGAAAAGUCCUUGCAGUACCGUCUAAGUGCAUCUAGAUGGCAGUGUUGUUGAUGUUCUAGUCUCAUCCUCUGUGUGUUUCUCAAGGCAGCGUUUAUCCUCCAGAACCUACUGGUGAUGCCCAUGCCUGCCACAGCUGACCAGGUCACAGACUCUACCUGGCAGGUCAGUGGCACUUGGUUAUGUUUUGUUGCGGUAUGUUGUCUUAGUUAUCCUGGUAUUGACAUACUGUAGGUUAAUUACAUAGUAAAUACCAUGUUUUCAUCUCUCACUCUCUCCUCCCUCUCGCCAUAGAGUCCGUGUGUCCAUGAUGAGUCUUCAGGUGUAUGUCUGGUGGGUCUCCCAGCCCUACAGGCCCUGCUCUACCACUGUCAGUUCUUCCAGCACACUGCAUUGAUGGCUACAUCCUGCUACAGAGGCAGGUACACCUUCGACCUGCAGCCCUCAGCCAGGGACCCCGGCCCACAGGACAGCACCACUGAAGGUACUGGGACUGCACCUGUCCAUACUUCUGUCAGUCUGUCUAGCCAUGAGGUUUUUCAAUCAGUGAUGGUUCUAUGUGAUGAUGCCCUCCCUGUCUGUGUGUUUAGAUGCAGAUGACUCCCUGAGGUUGUGGAGACCUCCUAACCCUGUCCCAGUGAUUCCUAGCAGGGCCUCUGGCUCCCUGUCCACCUCCAGCACUCUGGUGAGUAGAAUACUGCAGGUCUGGUGGCUCAAGACCCAUUCAUAGACUGUAUUCCUCUUAGGUUGCAGCUUAAGACUGGGUCCACUUGACCACUAGAAACAAUUGUUGUGAUGUAAUCAGAUUCUCAUAUUGAAGUGUUUGUGAUGAAUGUUUUUGUCUUCAACAGAUCAUACCUGGAGGCUCAGGGCUGCAAUCCGCUGUACCCACCUCCCUCAACGCUACUGCGCAAGAUACACCCGCUAGCAGACUGAUGGCUCAAGGUGUGUGUGUGUGUCUUUGUGUAUAUAUAGUGUAGCUAAAUGUGAACAGGUUUUAUAUACAGAUCUCAGGUAGCACCUAACCAAUUAAGAGUCAGAGUUAAGGGAACCAUCUCAAUCACAGUUCUUCAUAUCAAGACCAACCAUGACAGUACAUUUAUAUAUAAAAACUAUGCCUCUACACACACAGAUUUAUGGUAUGGUACAUGCUUCGACCCCUAUCUGUCCUGUCCAUCUUUGCUCCUCUUUCCUGUGUUGUAGGUCAGUGACACAGACAACAAUGUUAAUAUCUGCUCCCCUAUUUUACUCUGUAGGUCAGAGUGACACAGACACCAGUGACUCUGUCCUCUCCCAGGACUCCAGACUGGGUGACCCCGCUCCUGACCCCACCUGUGUCAUUGUGACCCCUGACCUUUUAUCAGCGCUCUGCGGCCUCCUGGCCAACCUGUUAGCCGUGCUACCAGAGUUCACCCUCUCAGCCCUCACGCACAGCCAGCUCCUCCAAUCACUGGCCAGGUCAGAGGUCAAAUACACACUAUCGCAUUAGUCACACUAUCCCGAUUACUAGCCAAAUCAAAUACAAUCUUUGGAGCAUUGGGCAUCCACAAAACUAUAUACAGAGCUGAAAUUGUCCUGUCUGAAGGGAUGGAUUUAAACCCUGUUUCUGUUUCCUUUGUUUUUUAGUUUGGUGGACGCAGCAGCCAUAGAGAGAUGUCUGUGUGAGCUGAAGACUAACACACUACCAGGAGACCAGGAGGACAUUAAACGGCAGGUAACUGGGGUUACAUCAUUUAGUACCAAUGAAUGCUUCAACGUAAGACUCACAUUAUCACACCUCUCCACAGCAUGUUGUUGUAGUGUUACCAACACGGGUUGUGUAGGAGGGUUGGGGCCUAUGAGAAUCCUAUACCCUGUGGUUGAGAUGGUGGCAGAUUGGAGAGUGAUAAGAAGGGGGUGAUUUCAUGCUUUCACUUGGUUGGAAAUAUGUUGUUUCUACCCACUGAUUGCUUUAAUCUUUGCUCUACACUGCCUCAAGAUGUGUGUCUGUGUCUCUCGUCCCCCAGGUCCUGACCCUGCUCCAGUUCCUGUCCAGCUUCUCUAAGUUCCUUAAGUCAUGUUUCAUUCUGAGCUCAGAUCUGAUUGGUCAGAUGGACUUCCUGAAACCGCUACUGGCCAAUCUCUUCACUGUCCUCACACUCGAUACCAAGGACUUAGGUAAGAAUCUCACUUUUGGGAAAGGUAUGAUUCUCAACAGACCUAACCAUAGACAACAUAUGUGUACUGUCGCCAUUGACUGGACAUCAUGGUUACCAUUCUUAUGGCAGGCAGCCUUACAUGGCAUUAAAUGUCAGGCCACCUUCCAGCUGAAUGUAUCAUAAUGAAGUGGUGUUCUGUCAGAAGCUGAAGUCAUAAUUAAAAGUGUAUUAAGAUCCCCAAUGGAAGCUCAUAAUGAUCUAUUCACACCUUUGUUGGUGUCUUGUUUAAUGAAGGCCUCUUCAGCUUCUCAGCUCGAUCUCCUGUGUGUGUGUGUGUGUGUGUGUGUGUGUGUGUGUGUGUGUGUGUGUGUUCGUUCUCUGGACCUCUCCUCAGACGGUGGUACCCGUGGUGUGAUGUGUGUUUGCUGGACAGACGUGUUGAUGCUUCUGGCUACUGUGGUGAGGAGGGAUGGCUCUGCAGCGUACCCAUCUGUCUCUGCUGCACUGGGGAGACGCUGGAACACAUUCACAGGUAUACACACACAGCUACUAAUGGUGUGUCUACGUGUGUGUGUUGGACAUAUGCUAGGAACUCAGGGAGCAUUCAGUACGUCCAUCGUUCCUCCUCAUCUUCCUCUGUGUCUAAUGGGGCUGCAGGGAAAUCUGAUGAUCCCUGUGAAAGAUUAAUGCUGAGCUGUGUGUGUGUGUGUAUUUGUGAUUGAUUACAUUGUGUGUUAUGUAGGCAGAAAUGCCUGAGGCGUGAAUGAGUCACGCUGUCUGUGUAAAGGGAUUUCAGGAUUUGGUUUUACUGGGCUGCAGGAUGUUGAUUAAUUCCUACAAAAGUAAAACAUCCACUAACCCAUUUCCUCUGUCUCAUGGUAUCUUACUGUGUGUCUCUGGGUGUGUGUGUGCUCAUCCAAUGUGUGUGUUAAUCUGCGUCUGUAUCUGUGCCUACCUCCAGCCACGUUGUCAGUGUGUGUGGACCAGUCGUUCAGUGACCCUCCCCUCCAUGCGGCGGCACUACAGUUCCUGUGUGUCAUCCUAUCUGAGGAGGCUAAGAGACGACCCUUAGAGGUCACCACCCUGAACCCGGACCUCCAUCUGACCCCUCUGUCUGAGGCCCUGAACGGCGCCUCCGGUGGACAGCUCUGUGAACUAUUGCUGGAGGUAACAGAACCUGACUUGCACGUGCGCAGGCACACACACACACACACACACUUUGAUUGGUCUAGAGCAGGGGUAGGCAACCCUGCUUCUGGAGUGCUGCAGGCACUUCAUGUUUUUGAUUUAACUGACCUGGAUCACCAGGUGUGUUGAAUUUAGGCAAUCACUGAACUGAUCAAUUAGCUCAGUUGGUCAGGUGUGGUGCCUAGUUGGAGCAAAGUCCUGCAGUACCUGCUGCACUCCAGGAACAGGGUUCCCUACCCCUGGUCUAGAGCACUGGGAUAUUAGAUGGAUGAACAUUUUGUCAAUACUCUGUGAAAGUGUAGGUCACGUUUUGCAUCACCUGUUGCAUUGUCUUGUGUUGUCAGAGUUUUGAGAAGCGUGCGUUCCAGGACCCAGUGAAGAAGAAGACAGCUAAAGCCCUCAUGGCUUUACUGGCCUGCAGUCCCACUGGUCAGAACCAUGCUGCUAAAGGUACUGGAACACACUGGUCAGAACCAUGCUGCUAAAGGUACUGGAACACACUGGUCAGAACCACACUGCUAAAGGUACUGGAACACACUGGUCAUAACCACACUGCUAAAGGUACUGGAACACACUGGUCAGAACCAUGCUGCUAAAGGUACUGGAACACACUGGUCAGAACCACACUGCUAAAGGUACUGGAACACACUGGUCAUAACCACACUGCUAAAGGUACUGGAACACACUGGUCAGAACCACUCUGCUAAAGGUACUGGAACACACUGGUCAGAACCAAGCUGCUAAAGGUACUGGAACACACUGGUCAGAACCAAGCUGCUAAAGGUACUGGAACACACUGGUCAGAACCACUCUGCUAAAGGUACUGGAACACACUGGUCAGAACCAAGCUGCUAAAGGUACUGUAACACACUGGUCAGAACCACGCUGCUAAAGGUACUGGAACACACUGGUCAGAACCAAGCUGCUAAAGGUACUGGAACACACUGGUCAGAACCAAGCUGCUAAAGGUACUGGAACACACUGGUCAGAACCAAGCUGCUAAAGGUACUGGAACACACUGCCCAGUAGAGCUCAUUAACAGUAGGAUGGGAAUAAUACUCUAGCCUCUGCCAAGAGGUCUGUACUUAUAUGCAACAAGAGGCAGUGAACAAACAAGCCCUGGUCUGGCUGCUAUACCCUAGGAGUUAUUGUUAUUAUGAUUGACCGCUCUCUCUCACUGUCUCGGUGUCUGUGUGUAGCUGGUUUGAUAGACAGCUGUGUGGAGCAGAUGAAACUGAUGCACAACCACCUCCACAUGGAGUCAGUCAGACCUGGCAGAGGAAGGAGGAAGGUGAGCCUUUACACACUAAACAACACCAUAACAUACACACUAAACAACACCAUAACAACAUGCUUUCAUUGUCUCAGCCUUCAGAUGAUGUGUGCUGUGUUGUUGUAGGCCAGCGGUUCCCAAACUUGUUCCUCGGGUCCCCAAGGGGUGCACGUUUUGCUUUUUGCUCUAACACUCCUAACACUCAUAUCACUACACAGCUGAUUCAUAUAAUCCACGCUUGAUGAUGAGUAGAUUUUUGAAUCAGCUGUGUAGUGCUAGGGCAAAAACUCACAAAACGUGCACCAAGUUUGGGAAACCCUGGUGUAGGCUAUUGGGUGAUCUUGUCUUGACUGAAAAUGUGUCAAAUAUGGGUACGGUGCUAUCUGUUAUUGGUUAGAGUGGAUCAUCAAACAAGGUCUAAUGUGAGUCUUCUCCCCCACCAGGAGGAGAGCUAUAUGAAAGAACUUAAGAUGUCUCUGGAAAUUCUCAGGAACUGUCUUUACCACAACACACAAUCCAAAGUGAGAACCCUGCCUUUUUAAUCCGCUCCUGAUAGGUUUUUAAUGAAAGCCAUUCUACUGGUGCUGACUGUGUCUGGAAUGAGAUUUGGCCCUAACGAUUAUGACUCUGUUGAGGUCUGAGUGUUUUUAUGCUGUUAAACGUCAAUGUAGAAUGAUUGGCUAUAUUGGCGGCUCUAAAUUUCAAAGACCGUAAUUGCAGCAUCCACUCAGCAGUAGUUACAUUUGCAUUGAUAUUGGGAUGGGAAAGGCCCUUAAUGUAUUUGUGGACUCUAUACUUUACAUCCUUGUGUGUUUGUAUGUGCUUGGUUAGCAGAAUGUGUUGACAAUCACUUUACUUAUGAGUGUGUCGUACUGUCAAUCAGCAAAGAUGAUUCAAUCGGGUGGAUUUGUGUGUGUUUCUCCUCAGGCUGUGGCCACUGACUGUCGAUUGGCUGCUGUGCUGCACGCCCUUUGGCCUUGGUUCUUAUUGGAUGAUGCCGCUAUGGAGGCGGUCCUGGAACUGCUGUGUGUCUACACAGCCAACUGUACCACAGGUUUGUGUGUGUGUGUGUUGUUCAGUGCCUGGCCCGUGCCUGCCAUUUCACCAGUCUGUGGUCAGUGAUCUGACUGAGUCAUACACUCUCACACACACUGAGACCCAUUGUCUCUCCACACACUUUGUCCCACUGUAUAAGCCUAGCGCCGGCCAAUAGUACUGCCACGAGCCUGCCAGCCACAAUGGGAACACUCAGUGUGCUAGAGCAGGCUGCCUCGCUGCAUUAAAUCAUUACUGUGGGUACAGUAUUCUAGGCUGUGGACCAGUGGGGUAUUCACAGGGGAAUCACAAUGCAUCACUAUGUCUCCUGAGGCAUUGAUAUUCCAGUAUGUGUGAAAGAGAAACAGAGGUGUGCUGUGAAACACAGGCUACACAAGUUACAGCAAUACGGAGGAGAAAGAAGAUAAGUUAGUGGUAUUUUGUUUAGCUUUGAUAAACGGCUACUACGGUUUCCUUUCAUGUUCUCUAAAUAUGGGUGUUUGUAGAGCGACAGUUAGAUUUAGAAGCUAGGGGGUUAAUAUGGGUGUUUGUAGAGCGACAGUUAGAUUUAGAAGCUAGGGGGUUAAUAUGGGUGUUUGUAGAGCGGCAGUUAGAUUUAGAAGCUAGGGGGUUAAUAUGGGUGUUUGUAGAGCGACAGUUAGAUUUAGAAGCUAGGGGGUUGAUAUGGGUGUUUGUAGAGCGACAGUUAGAUUUAGAAGCUAGGGGGUUAAUAUGGGUGUUUGUAGAGCGACAGUUAGAUUUAGAAGCUAGGGGGUUAAUAUGGGUGUUUGUAGAGCGACAGUUAGAUUUAGAAGCUAGGGGGUUAAUAUGGGUGUUUGUAGAGCGACAGUUAGAUUUAGAAGCUAGGGGGUUGAUAUGGGUGUUUGUAGAGCGACAGUUAGAUUUAGAAGCUAGGGGGUUAAUAUGGGUGUUUGUAGAGCGACAGUUAGAUUUAGAAGCUAGGGGGUUAAUAUGGGUGUUUGUAGAGCGACAGUUAGAUUUAGAAGCUAGGGGGUUAAUAUGGGUGUUUGUAGAGCCCUAGACACUGCGUCUCUGAGGUCAUGGAAAGUGAACCUUUGAGCAGAGAGACAGAAUGCUGUUUGUUUUGUACCUGUGGUUGUCUCUGAGAUGCAACCUUUGAAAUGUGUGUGUGUGUGUUUUGCUCUAUGGCCACGCUUAUGCUCCCGCUGUGAAGCAAUACCAAUCAGUCAUGUUGAGCCCAGCGUUUCCUAAAGGUUAGCCUAACAACAGGUGUGUGUUCAGACUGCAUGACGCCAGCCUUUAAAUUAGACCUACAAUACAAGCUUUCACAGACUACAAAACAAUCUCUACACAAUAUUCUCACUUUAGGGAAGCCUGAUGAAGAACAUUUUGAGUAGUGAAUGCUACAAUAUUUUUUAGAAAAUAUACUCAGCAAAAAUAUAAACGCAACGUGACAAUUUCAAAGAUUUUACUGAGUUACAGUUCAUAUAAGGAAAUCAGUCUAUUUAAAUAAAUAAAAUAGGCACUAAUCUAUGAAUUUCACAUGACUGGGCAAGGGCGCAGCCAUGAGUUGGCCUGGGAGGGCAUAGGGCCCACCCACUGGGGAGCCAGGCCCAGCCAAUCAGAAUUAGUUUUUCCCCACAAAAGAGCUUUAUUAGAGACAGAAAUACGCCUCAGCACCCCCUCAGACGAUCCCGCAGGUGAAGAAGCCGGAUGUGAAGGUCCUGGGUUGGCGUGGUUACACAGGGUCUGCGGUUGUGAGGCCGGUUGGACGUACUGCCAAAUUCUCUAAAACUAUAUAGGUGGCACCUUAUGGUAGCUAAAUUAACAUUAAAUUCUCUGGCAACAGCUCUGGUGGACAUUCCUGCAGUCAGCAUGCCAAUUGCGCGCUCCAUCAAAACUUGAGACAUCUGUGGUAUUGUGUUGUGUGACAGAACUACACAUUUUAGAGUGGCCUUUUUAUUGUCCCCAGGAAAAGGUGCACCUGUGUAAUAACCAUGCUGUUUAAUCAGCUUAUUGAUAUGCCACACCUGUCAGGUGGAUGGAUUAUUUUGGCAAAGGAGAAAUGCUCACUAACAAUCAAAUGUAUUUAUAAAGCCCUUUUUACAUCAGCAGAUGUCACAAAGUUCUAAUACAGAAACCCAGCCUAAAACCCCAAACAGCAAGCAAUGCUGGUCCUCCGGGAGGAGGGAGAGAAUUAUAUUUAGCAUACUUAAGUUCACACUGGACACCAGAUAAGACAGGAGAAUUUCACCAGAUAGGACAGACUGACCCUAGCAUCCACCGGCACAUAGACAAUUGCAGCAUAGAUACUGGAGGCUGAGACAGGGAGGGUCGGGGGACACUGUGACCCCACCCACUUUGCCAAAGCACAGUCCCCACACCCCUAGAGAGAUAUCAAAAGACCAACUUACUACCCUGAGACAAGGCUGAGUAUAGCCCACGAAGAUCUCCUCCGCCGCACAAGCCCGAGGGGGCACAAGAACGGACAGGAAGAUCACAUCAGUGACUCAACCCACUCAAGUCGAGUAUAGCGCAAAAAAGCCUGGCACGAUGUGAAGCACCCCUGCUAGGGACGGCAUGGAAGAACACUAGUAGGCCAGUGACCCAGCCUCCGUAAUAGGGUCAGAGGCAGAGAAUCCCAGUGGAGAGAGGGGAGCAUGCCAGGCAGAGACUGCAAGGCCGGUUCGUCACUCAAGUGCCUUGCCAUUCGCCUUAGCACCCCUGGGCCAGACUACACUCAAUCAUAGGACCUACUGAGGAGAUGAUUCUUCAGUAAAGACUUAAAAGUCUCUCACAUGGAUAGACAGACCAUUCCAUAAAAAUGUUGCUCUAUAGGAGAAAGCCCUGCCUCCAGCUGUUUGCUUAGAGAUUCUAGGGACAAUAAGGAGGCCUGCAUUAUUUGACCGUAGCGUAAGUGUAGGUACUAUAUGUACGGCAGGACCAAAUCGGAGAGAUGAGUAGGAGCAAGUCCAUGUAAUGCUUUGUAGGUUAGCAGUAAAACCUUAAUCAGCCCUAGUCUUAACAGGAUGUCAGUGUAGAGAGUCUAGCACUGGAGUAAUAUGAUUAAAUCUUUUGGUUCUAUUGAAUUUUCUAGCAGAGGUAUUUAGCACUAUACUGAAGUUUAUUUAGUGCUAUAUCUGAGUAGACGGCGAGUAGAGCAUUGCAGUAGACUAAUCUAGAAAUGACAAGCAUGGAUUCGUUUUACUGCAUCAUUUUUGGACAAAACAUUUCUAAUUUCUUUUGCAAUGUUACGAAGAUGGAAAAAAGCUGCCCUUAAAGUAUUCUUCAUAUGUUCGUCAAAAGAAAGAUCAGGGUCUAGAGUAACGCCGAGGUCCUUCAGUUUUAUUUGAGACGACUGUACAACCAUCAAGACUAAUUGUCAGAUCAAACAGCAGAUCUCUUUGUUUCUUGGGACCUAGAACUAGCACCUCUGUUUUGUCCGAGUUUAAAAUAAAAAAAUUGGCCGCCAUCCACUUCCUUAUGUCUGAAACACAGGCUUCCAUGUUUUAUCGAAAUGUACAGCUGUGUGUCGUCUGCAUAGCAGUGAAAGUUGACAUUGUGUUUCCGAAUGACAUCAUCAAGAGGUAGAAUAUUUAGUGAAAACAAUAGUGGUCCUAAAACGGAACCUUGAGGAACACGACACUUACAAUUGAGGACAAACCAUCCACAGAGAUGAACUGAUAUAUUUCCGACAGAUAAUAUCUAAACCAGGCAAGAACUUGUCCAUGUAGACCAAUUAGGGUUUCCAAUCUCUCCAAAAGAAUGUGGUGAGUGAUGGUGUCAAAAGCGGUACUAAGGUCUAGGAGCACGAGGACAGAUGCAGAGCCUUGUUCUGACUCCAUUAAAAGGUAAUUUACCACCUUCACGAGAACAGUCUCAGUGCUAUGAUGGGGUCUAAAACCAAACUGGAGUGUUUCAUAUACAUUAUUUGUCUUCUGGAAGGCAGUGAGUUGCUGCGCAACAGCUUUUUCCAAAAAUGUUGAGAGGAAUGGGAGAUUCGAUAUAGGCCGAUGUAGUUUUUUGGGGAGGUCACGGUUUUGCUUUUUUAGGAGAUGCUUUAUUACUGCCACUUUUAGUGAGUUUGGUACAGAUGCGGAAGAUAGGGAUCUGUUUAUUAUGUUCAACAUAGGAGGGCCAAGCACAGGUAGUAGCUCUUUCAGUUGGAAUAGGGUUGAGUAGGCAGCUGGAAGGUUUAGAGGCCAUGACUAUGUUCUUAAAUGUGUAGAGAGAAACAGGAUUAAAAAACGUAAGUGUCUCCGUUGAUCUUAGGUCCUGGCAGUUCUGUGCAGACUCAGGACAACUGAGUUUUGGUGAAAUACGCAGAUACAAAGAGGAGUCCGUAAUUUGCUUUCUAAUGAUCAUUAUCUUUUUGUCGAAGUUCAUGAAUUCAUCACUGCUGAAGUGAAGGCCAUCCUCUCUUGGGGAAUGCUGCUUUUUAGUUAGCUUUGCGACAGUAUCAAAAAUACAUUUUGGAUUGUUUUUAUUCUCCUCAAUCAGGUUGGACAAGUACGUUGAUCGAGCAGCAGUGAGGGCUCUUUGAUAUUGCACAGUACUGUCUUUCCAAGCUAGUUGGAAGACUUCCAUUUUGGUGGAGUGCCAUUUCCGUUCCAAUUUUCUGGAAGCUUGCUUCAGGGCGCAGGUAUUUUCUGUAUACUAGGGAGCUAAUUUCUUGUGAUAAAUGUUUUUUGUUUUUAGAGGUGUGACUGCAUCUAGUGUAUUACGCAAGGUUCAAUUUAGAUCCUCAGUUAGGUGGUUAACUGAUUUUUGUACUCUGACGUCCUUGGGUUGGUGGAGGGAGUCUGGAAAGGCAUUUUGGAAUCUUUGGGUUGUCCGAGAAUUUAUAGCACGGCUUUCGAUAAUCUUGGUUGGGGUCUGAGCAGAUUAUUUGUUGCGAUUGCAAACGUAAUAAGAUGGUGGUCCGAUAGUCCAGUAUUAUGAGGAAAAACAUUUAGAUCCACAAUAUUUAUUCCACGGGACAAAAUUAGAUCCAGGGUAUGACUGUGGCAAUGCGUAAGCACAUGUUGGACAAAACCCACUGAGUCGAUGAUGGCUCCAAUAGCCAUUUGGAGUGGGUCUGUGGACUUUUCCAUGUGAAUAUUAUCUGCCAUGACAACAAGGUCCGAUAGGAAUUCAGGGAACUCGGUGAGGAAUGCUGUGUAUGGUCCAGGAGGCCUGUAAACACUAGCUAUAAAAAGUGAUUGAGUAGGCUGCAUAGAUUUCAUGACUAGAAGCUCAAAAGACGGAAACGCAGUCUUUUUUAAAAUUAUUAUUGACAUUUGCUGUCGUAAAUGUUAGCAACACCUCCGCCUUUGCAGGAUGCGCGAGGGAUAUGGUCAGUAGUGUAACCCGGAAGAGAGGCCUCAUUUAACACAGAAAAUUCAUCAGGCUUGAGCCAUGUUUCAGUCAGGCCAAUCACAUCAAGGUUAUGAUCAGUGGUUAGUUCAUUGACUGUGACUGCCUUGGAAGUGAGGGAUCUAACAUUAAGUAGUACUAUUUUGAGAUGUGAGAUAUUAUCACAGUCUCUUUCGAUAAUGACAGGAAUGGAGGAGGUCCAUUCCUGUCAUGUAAAGAAAACAAAAUCUGAGAGAUACGUUUUUUGUCCAUAUGGAACAUUUCUGGGAUCUUUUAUUUCAGCUCAUGAAACAUGGGAUCAACACUUUACAUGUUGAUUUAUAUUUUUGUUCAGUAUAAAUUAUUAGUCUGUUCUAAAAACAUGUAUUUUUCACUUUCAGACUAGGCUGUAGAUAAACAAUACAAGGUUUCACAGACUCAAACGAUUUUAUACGCAAUGUACUCAGUUUAGCGAAGCCUGAUGAAGAUUUAAAGUUGUGAAUGCUACACAAUUUAUGUGAAAUGUUAUUAUUUUGUCAAAAAUACAUGCAUUUUCCUCGAUCUGGAUACUCCAACUAGGCUGUAGAUAUAGGCCUAUACAACCCCUAUAACCCAUCGUCAGGCAACCAGCCCUACUCCUCGUGAGACUCUACUCUGACCAACACACCUUGUUAAUACAGAACAAAUACUACAGGAUCUAUCAGGCUUAACAUCACAACCUCUACUCACCUAUCAUAUCCUGCCUCUACACCUGUCUGUCAGUGUCAACAGUACUCUUACUUUUCUUGCUUUGUUACUUUUCUCCUCUCUCCUUCCCUUCCUCUUCUCUCUCCCCAGCCUGUAGCUCUCUGUGUUGUGGUGUGGCCCCUGGUUUGGCCUCUGGCCCCCGAGGGCCUCCAGGUGGCUCCCUGAUGCACUGCGUCAUGAAGCUGGCCUCUGGGAUUGCCCCCGACAACAGCCCUGUCCAGCAGCUGGCCUUCUCCCUGCUGGCCAACCUGGCAAUCAACAAGGACUGUAAAGGAGUCCUGCAGAAGGUAAUGUACUACAUUAUUACCCCUAUUACAUUACCCUUACCACAUUAUCACCAAACCUGGCCACCAACAAGGACUGUAAGGGAGUCCUGCGGAAGGUAAUGUACUACAUUAUUACCACUAUUACAUUACUACAUUACCCUAACCACAUUAUCACCAAACCUGGCCCUGCAGAAGGUAAUGUGAUUGGAGAUGGUGUCAAUGUGACUACUGGUUUAAAAAGUGUCUUCACUGUAAAUACUGCAAGUUGAGUCACUUGUUUUCAAAAUCUUUUUAAGCUUUAACAAAGCUCCUCUCGAUUUCACGUGUCUUUCUCAGUUUCAAUCAAAACCUGGCUGAAUCUCAUUUCUCUCUCUCCCUCCAGAGUAACUUCCUGCAGCCGUUCCUGUCCCUGCCUGUCCCUAAGCCAGGCAGUAAGACGGGUCCCGGUGCCGGGGGGCUGGUGGGCUUGUGGCUGAGGCUACUCCUGAGUGUCUCCUUCGGGGAGGACGGCCAGCUGAGUGUCCUGAGGCUGACAGGAGCCCUGGACCUCCUCGCUGACCUGGCCGCUACGCAGCCCCAACGCCACCGUCACCAUGGCAAUGGGAGCAGGCCCAUCACCAUGGCGGACAACGCCCUCCUCAUCCUCCACAAUGUCUGUUUCAGCUCCACCAACAAACCCAAAGUACUGGCCCACGGUAGGGAUGGAACUCAGGGUAUACUCAUGGAUGUUUUUAUCAGAGAGAGAGUGAGAGAGACAGGGAGAGAUGUUGAGAAAUGGUUUCUGUGUUUUAAAUUGCACUAUUCCUACCCUUGCAUCACGUUUAAGGUUUACACAAAAUGUAAUCCGAUGACAUCUUAGGGGGGCUUCUUUGAAUUCAUAUUUGUAGUUUCCAGUGGAAAGCUUUGGCUUCCUGUAUGCAUGUGUGAAUGUAAAAGGUGGGUGUUUGAUAUGAAAUGAAAGCUGUUACAUCCUCUCUUUUGAUACUUUGGCCUAAACACUGUGCUGAACUGAAAAGGAAACGAUAUCGGCAUGUGUGAACAGAAGUAGUCUUUGUUACAACAUCACACCCUGUCAAACCUGCUAAUCUUUUCUAAUGAUGUGUCAUUUUAUGAAUGGGAAAUGAAUAAUACUUUAUGUCCAACAUUAUUAUAUGUCUCAAUUUCAAUUGAAUCCUCCAGAAACAACAGAACAAACCCAAAUAUACUAAUAGAAAAAAUAUAUAUUUGUCCAGAUAAGGCCAUGAGGGUGCUGGUGUCCUGUCUGGAGUGUAAAGAGACUGAGGUCCGCUCUAUAGGAGCCUCGGCCCUAUGGGCCCUGCUCCACAACUACCAGAAGGUACACAAACAUCCUUUUUAGAAUCAUAAGAGCUCAUUAUAUGAAGUACAGCUGUCUCUAACCUGCCGUUGUGAUUCCUCAUCUAAGGCCAAGACCACUUUGAAGUGUCCCUCUGUCAGACUCAGGGUGGAUGAAGCCUAUAAAGCUGCUAAGAAAGGUAUGCUUUCCACCUUUAGUCCAGACUCUGAAUGUGCUGAAAAUGUUAGUGUCACAGUCCUGUUGUUAUUGUGCUCUAUUGCCUCAAUUCUUAUGUGUGUGCCUAUCUUUUAUUGUCAGAUGCAGAGAAAAAGCCUGACACCAUGAACACCUACCUGUUGAAGUGCCUUGAGAACUUAACUCAGCUGCUGAAUACCUGA